AUGACUGGAGUUUGUGUUCCCGAACAGGCUGGAUUCAACAGUGGGAACUCUACGCAUUUCUUCUCCAUUCCCGGGUCCCAGACGCCAGACAUAGUGAACAUCGAGUCGACCAGCAAUGUGAACGAGCCCGGUCGCUGGGUCUUCCGGACCGACACGUUCAGUGUGCUCGGGGGGUGUGUCCACAAUGGAAAAUUUAUUCGGGAAGAUGACAGAUUUUGGAUUGACGAAAGCUGUCAAACAAAGUGCAAGUGUACCUCGGAGAGGUCGCUGGAGUGUGGUCCCGAAGCGUGCAAUGCUCACGAAAUCUGCGUCUCGUCCGCAACCUUCUACACCUGCCACCCAGUCUUGACGAAAACCUGCACCAUUUUCGGAGACCCACACUACUACACCUUCGACCGGAGGGUCAUCCACUUCCAGGGGACGUGCACCUCCGUCCUGAGCCAGCUGUGUGACGGUCAGCACAAUCUGACCUUCUACAGGGUGGAGGGGGCGAGCGAGCAUCGCGGGAACACCGCUGUGUCUUGGCUGAGACUUGUGCGCCUCCUGGUGUACCAGACUGAAAUUCUGCUCCUCAAGGGAGCUGCCGACUAUAUCCUGGUGAACGGGACCCGGACGUCCAUCCCCGUCUCCCUGGCCAACGGGCAGCUCCGUGUCCGCGCCAGCGGCCUGGCGCUGAGCGCCACCACUGACUUCGGCCUGACAGUGACCUACGACGGGGACCACCACGCCUCGGUCUCCCUGCCCGCCUCGUACGGGGGCGCCACCUGCGGAAUGUGCGGCAACAUGAACGGGGAUCCCUCCGACGACCUCCUCACCCCGGAUGGGACCCGGGCGGAGACGGCGGACGCCUUCGGCAGCAGCUGGGGGGUGGGGGGAGUCGGCGGCUGCCGGGAACCCUGCUCCGGGCAGUGCGGGGGUUGCAACGAGACGCAGAAGGCGGCCUACGCCUCCCUGGGCUCUUGCGGGCUCAUGAGUUCCCAGGACGGACCCUUUCGCGCCUGCCUCGCCGUCGUCGACCCGCGGGACUUCGUGCAGAGUUGCGUCUUUGACCUGUGCGCCGACAACGGGCAGGCGCUCACCCUGUGCCAGGCUCUCACCAGCUUCUCGGAGGUCUGCAGAUCCUUCGGUGUGACGCCGGAGCCUUGGAGGACAGAGGAGUUCUGCGGCCUUCGCUGCCCGCCCCACAGCCGCUACGAGCUCUGCACCUCCGCCUGCCCGCCCAGUUGCUCUGAUACCACCGCCCCCUUCUACUGCGACCGCCCCUGCGUCGAGGGCUGCCACUGCGACGAGGGCUUCGUGCUGAGCGGCGCCAGCUGCAUCCCCCUGCGCCGUUGCGGCUGCUCCUUCCAGGGCCUGUACUACCCCCGGGGGAGCUCCGCCGUCCUGGGGGCAGACUGCGGCCUGAGGUGCACCUGCCCCGAGGCGGGCGGCCCGAUGGAGUGCGCGGCGCACGCCUGCGGACCCCUGGAGGAGUGCGGGCUGCGGGACGGGGUGAGGGGCUGCUUCCUCAGGACAGCAGGCAUCUGCUGGUCCUCGGGAGACCACCACCAGACCUUCGACGGCAGGUCCCUCGAUCUACAGGGGCUCUGUAGGUACACCCUCAGCCGGGCUUGCCCGCCCCCAGGGAACCUCACCCACAACCUCGCCCUGUUCAGCGUGACAGUGGAGAUCGAGCACCGGGGGUCCCGGGCCCGGAUGGUGGAAGUCGAAGUGCACGGACAUCGGAUACGGAUUUCUCAGGGGGAGAACGGCACGGUGCAGGUGAACGGGACCGCCGUCUCUCUCCCCACCUCCGUCGCCACGGUCGCGAACAUAUCCCAGGUGGGUGGCGACGUCCUGGUUGUCACGAUGAACCAGGUGGAAGUCCGCUUUGACGGGCAGGGGUCCCUCUUUGUGAAGGUCGGCUCUCUCUACGCCAACAGCCUGUGCGGGAUGUGCGGCAACUUCAACGGGGAUCCAACGGACGACAAGGUGACCCCUUCCGGGUGGACAGCAAGGAACGACAGCGGGUUCGGGAACUCCUGGGAGACCGCAAACAGCUCUUGGAGGUGUGAAGACGACUCCGGAGGGACGGAACCCCAGUGCCCCGAGUCUCCCGAAUUUGAGUACCUGUGUUCCAUCAUCCUCAACGCCACAGGGCCCUUCGCUGGCUGCCACCGUCACCUGGACCCCGUGAACUAUUACAGGUCCUGCGUGGGUGACCUGUGCCUCCACCGUACGGCCGGUCCAAGGCUCUGCCAAGCUGUCAGAACCUACCAGAAGGCAUGCAACAUCGAAGGGGUGGACAUUCCCGCUUGGCACGGCGACGACAAUUGCCCGCCACCAGAUCCAUGCGGAGACCAGGAAUGCACGGCCGAUGAGUGGUGCGGAGAACGGAGAGGUGCUUAUGGCUGCUUCUGCAACCCAACGGUUGAUCUCAUCGAUGACCACACUUACGACUACAAGCUGACAUGCAGUGGCGAAAAGAGCAACAUAUCAUUUUCCCGCUGUCUUUUGUUCAGUGACGGAUGGAUGACUCGACCCCUGCAUCUCAACGAUCCCAGCUGCAAGGGGCAAGUUAGCCAUGGUCGGAUUGUGUUCAAUUUCGACGGUAGUCGAAGAUCCUGUGGCUCGAAACUCAAGGUAAAUAGAACACACUUUGCAUAUUCCAACACUCUCCACGGAUAUAUUGUUGAAGAUAAUGGAAUUAUUUCACGGAAUCGGUCACUCUCUGUGGAAUUCUCCUGCGGAUUCCCGCUAACGAUCAACUUGUCCCUACCUCUGACAAGGGUUGUGAAGAGUGUUGUGAACGUGGUGUUGCCUGCUGGGUCCGAAAUCUUUGAAGCUGUAAUGAUCAUGUAUCGCGAUCCGCAAUACAGCCAGCCCUUCACUGAGACGCCAGUCACCCUCGAUAUUGGAAGCAACGUUUACAUUGGGAUUCACGUCCAGGGCAUUGAUGCCGAUCAGUUUGUCCUGACGCUGGAGAAUUGCUGGACCACUCCUGUCAGGGACACGUCGUCGCCAACUAAAUGGGGGCUGAUAACCAAUCAGUGCCCGAAUUCUCUCAGUGAAGUGGAGAUCAAAGAAAGUGGUGUCUCCCCCAUCGGUCGAUUCAAGUUCCCGGUCUUUAAGUUUGUGGGUGGGGUGGAUAAUAUCUACUUGCAUUGCCAGAUCCGACUGUGCAAUCUCCAAACGACUCAAUGCUCAGUGAAUUGUUCGCUCGAAAGAACCAAUCGGAUUGGCGGAGGCGGCAGUCAAUCAGAACUUCUCUCCAUUGGACCAAUCACAAGGAGAAGUAGUGCAGGAAUCGUUUCCAGCGGUAACCAACCAGUCUCAGGCUCCUCACUCACAGCUGCCAUCCUUCUCAGCCGUCUCUUCCUCCAACACGUUCUGCAACUUUGAAAGUCCAUUUGAAGCUUGGUCAACAUUUCAAUUAAAUAUUACGACAACCUCUAUCAAUAAAACAAUCAGGCCUUUCGCAUUUCCGUGUGAUAUUAAUGCAAUCUUGCGGUGUG